AUGGUUGGGUUCGCCCGGCUGGUCCGGGCGUGUCGCCUCUCCUCUUCCCCUGUAGGUCAUUCUGUCCUAAGCUUCAACAGAUUCCCUACUCGAAUUGCAGCAAUAGCAUGUGCUGCCGCAGGUUCGGUUUUGUUGACAACGGUUUUCGAUACCCGCGCGGAGUCCCCCGUCUUAUGCGAAGGCAUCCACUGCGAUAAGAGCCAUGAAAACCCCCUCUGGAGAUCCAGGGAGAGUCAGCCGUUCACGAGGAAACUGGGGGACGCGUUACUUUUCACAGGAACGGCGAAUGAGCAUCUGGGGUCUGCCGUAGCCGAGAGGCUCUCUACCCGUUUAGGGAGGGUUUCAGUUGGCCGAUUCGCUGAUGGAGAGGUGAACAUUCAAUUCCUUGAUUCUCUUCGAGGGAAAGAUGUAUACAUUAUACAACCCACCAGCACUCCAGUCAACGACCACCUCAUGGAACUGCUGCUGAUGAUUUCAACUUGUCGCCGCGCCUCUGCAAAGAAAAUCACUGCCGUCAUCCCGUACUUCGGAUAUGCUCGGCAAGACAGAAAGAUGAAUAGUCGCGUCCCAAUCUCAGCGGCGGAUGUUGCGCGUAUGAUGGAGGCCAUGGGCGUCGACAGAGUCGUGGCUGUUGAUCUGCAUUGCGGACAGAUUCAAGGUUUCUUCGGUCCUCGCGUACCGGUAGAUAAUGUAGAGGCGCAGAUCGUCGGGUUGGAUUAUUUUGAGUCAAAGGAAUUGGACAAACCCGUCGUGGUUUCCCCAGAUGCGGGAGGCGUGUACAGGGCGCGCAAAUUUCAAGAAGGAAUGGUUCGCCGCGGCUAUAAGGAUUGUUCGAUCGCCAUGUUAAUUAAGCGACGCAUCAAGGCGAACGAAGUGGAGAGCAUGGAUCUCGUGGGUUCGGUUGAGGGGCGCGACGCAAUCAUUGUGGACGACAUGAUAGAUACAGCCGGUACACUCGUGGAGGCCGCAAGGGAGCUAAAGAAGAAAGGUGCAAGAAGGGUUUAUGCAUUUGCGACACACGGGCUAUUCAGUGGGCCUGCGAUAGACAGGAUUCAAAAAAGUGCACUGGAAGAGGUCGUCAUCACUGACACGAUCAAGGCGCGGCCAAUGGUAACGAGUUGUAAAAAGAUAAAGAUUCUCUCAAUUUCCAUAUUGUUGGCGGAUGCGAUUCGACGGAUUCAUCAAAAGGAGAGCUUGAACGACUUAUUCAACUUCGCCAGUGCAUCACGAUUGCCUACGACUGCAGCUUCAGGCAGUGAAGCUUCACAGCCCGCGUCGACGAGUGGGCAGACGGGCUGA